AUGUUAAUCAAUAACUUAAAGAAUAUCACAUUUUCCUCUGGAAAUCAAUUGAACUUUACAAUGAUUUCAAAAGAUUCAAAAAUUUCAAUGAACAAUUCAAAUAUUAAAGAUUCAUUUAAUCAAAUAAGUGCAACAAAAGUUGUAAAACCUUUCUGGGCUGUCUGUAUAAUUUCACAAAAAGAAUAUCAAUUUAUUCUUUCUGGUGCAGCUGAUGCUUAA